AUGGCAACAGCAUCCCUCAAGCAAGAGGUUGAGCCAUCAACUCUGCCACUGCCUCCUCCUCCUCCGCCUCCCCUCCAAGUCCACCUCGAGGGACAAGCCAAACAGUCCCCUCCAUUGCCUCAGCCCCUCGAGCAAGAGACUGAGCUCGUCGACUUCUCGAAGCGAGCUCAGUGGCUCCGUGCCGCCAUGAUGGGUGCGAUUGAAGGUGUGGUUGCAACAGCGUCGCUCAUGAUGGGUGUUGGCGCCAUCAACAAGGACGUCAUGACUAUGGCAAUAUCCGGAGCGGCAGGGAUGAUUGUUGGGGCUUGCACCAUGGCCAUCGGGGAGCUCGUAUCGGUUUACUCUCAAUACGAUAUCGAGGUGGCCCGGAUUCAAAGAGAGGACACGAACAGAGCCGUAGGAGCUGAGGAGAGGGAUGCGAGCAAGGAGAAGCUACCGAGCCCAUGGCAGGCGGCGGGGGCAUCCGCACUGGCCUCUGCGGUCGGGGCAUUGGUGCCGCUCCUUGCAGCUUCAUUCAUUGAGGAUUACAAGCUGAGGCUGUGGGUGGUGAUAGUGGCUGUAAGCAUAGCAUUGCUCGGGUUUGGCGGGCUGAGCGCAAAGCUGGGGAAAGCAUCGGCGGUGAAGUCCGCUUCUAGGGCAUUGCUUGGAGGUUGGUUGGCCAUGGGCAUCACCUAUGGCGUGACCAAGAUGAUUAAUGGUCUAUAA